CCGUUCGAUUCCAAAUGGUUCGACAAGACGCCGGAGUGAUGAUCGGAGAAGAUGCUCUGUCCUACUGCUCAGGGCAGAGCACUUCCGAUUCAUCAUUUCGAACAAUGAAAUCGACUUCAUUAUCGAGCUCCUGGCAUUCUAUGGCAUCUCCACACACUUCUGACGUACAAGGCGUCUCGUUCUUCCGGCCAUUCAGCUGGUUUGUAUGGCGUCAGACUGAGAAGGACUUGAAGAAGAAACAGGACAAAGAAACUGUCGAUGAAAUAAUGAAGUGCUUCCGGAACAACGACGUCGACGGAAUGGAGAAGUUUGUUGAAAAAAAGACUCGCGAGUCUGUGUCGUCAAUGAAAAACGACGAGUUUUGGUGGGAUGACGACGAGAUUUCGUAUUGGAAGCAUCGAACUACUCCAGCACAAGAUGAGCUUCCUGAGGAUCAUAAAUACACUCCACAUCCAUCGAAAGGAUUCAAACUCCCUCCUCGUGUGUUGAAAGCAGUCCGAUUCGAAUUGGAUAACACUCCGGAAGAUCGUCAGCCACGGCCGUUCACACCACUUUACACCAGCACGCCGAAGAAUCCUGCAAUCAAUGAGGACGGAAGUGACGACGAGUACAGCUUGGUUCCAUUGAGAUAUUGUGACUCCAACACAGUCGCUGUGCCAGCUGCAGUCUUCAACAACACUUCAUCGAUUCUACUUGAUAAUGCUGUAAUUAUGACAACGUUGAACAAGAGUCGAGAGGAAACUAAUGAAAUUCUGUGCAAAUCAUUGAACAGAGAUUUCUACCAGCUGGCCUAUGUCGACUCGGAAGACGCUGAGCAAGACCACGGAAAGCCCGAACAAUCAACUCAGAAUCCCCUUUGCAACACAUAUGUCGUUCAUUCGUCAGAGGAAAUGUCAUCUGAACCAAGCAGUUCGACCAUCAACCUAGAUCAAGCCAAUGUUUCUGAUGAUGCGAGGAGCGCCAUUCUGGGAUUGGAUCGUGUGGAAAAUGCCAUUCAGCGUGCACUUGCCAACCAGAAUGGGCCAGAACAAGGACUCGCUAGGCAACUUCGAGAGCGCAUCCAGAGCAUCAAAAAGAGCAUCGACGAGAUCUGCAGCGAAUGUCCGAAUGGCCCGGAAAUCGACACUGAUCGUGUGAGCCGGGAAAGUGACCACGACGUAUCCGCCGACUUCGAGGAUUCGGAUUGGCAGCCGCAUUUGGAAUCCGAUGUCGGAAGUUUCGACGAAUGCAUGCUGUAAAUAAUAUAAAUUUAUAUUGAUUAACUUGUAAAAUACUCACCCAUCCCGCUCGUCUUAAGUUUAUAAUUCCAUGUCAAAUAUUAUUAUUCACAAGUGAUCACAUGUACUAUAGUUUUAUUGCAAUAUAUUUUAUUCUCGUCAAAAAUAAAGACGAUUAUCACUUU